GGCAAUCGUAUCACAGGUGUGCGGCACUCGACAACUUAAACGCUUAUCGAAAAACACAAAUUUUCAGUUGAUCUUUCAAUCUCGUACAGUUCAUACCACUUUAAAUAACUGUCCUCAAUAUUUUUGAAAGAAACACCAUCAAUUUCAUAGAAAUUUUUUGUGGAGUUUUUUUUUCUCUCUGUUUUUUUCUUUUCGAACCAAAAAUUAUUGGUGAAUAAAAAAGUGAUUUAUUUUUCUCUGUUGCCGAUUUCAACUUCUUUUUUUAAAUAAAGGAAAUUCAUCUUGAUUUUUCUUUCGAACGAUCCGGAAAAUAUCAGUGAUGUAAACUAAUCGCCCCAGCUCCCAUUUUACAGACACGAAACAAAAACAUUUAAGGAGAACGAUUCAUAAAUCCUUCUGCAAUUUUACUGUGAUUUUGAGUAGAAUUUGCUCAACGGAUAGAAGAAAAACCACAUCGAAAAAAAAAUUUAGUUUCAAAUAAAAGAAAUCGUUUUUUUUUCAUCAACCAGCAUUUUGUGCGAGCAAAAUAUUAAAUUUAGUGUAAAACCGUUUUGAUUUUUGUGAUUUUGUGUUUGACCAAAAAUACAAAUUGCAAUCUAAUUUCUCGUGUGAUCGUGACACAUAAAAGACAUACGCAAAAUUCCGGUAUUUGGAGAAAGAUCAUUUAUAUUCGGCGAUAAAGUUCAGAUCUGAACGAGAAAUUUUGUUGUUGUUGAUGUUGAAAAUUUGUGUGCAGCUGCUUUCGAGAGGCAUCGCUCAAGUGCAUUUUUAAAUUGUUGAUUCGGUGCGAGUUACAUAUAUAAAUAUAUUUUUAAAAAAACGUGUUAGCAAUUCCCAUAAAUUGAUUCUAAGUAAAAAUGACAGUUAGUUCAGGAUAUGAAAAUAAAGCCUACGAUGGCGACAAUCCAGUUAAGCCCCCAUUGCGUAACACAGAAGAUACCGUAUCAAUCAGAGAAAAAGUGAAGCUCUCACCGUCGGAAAAAUGGAGAAUAUUGAAAAACGUAGCAAUUUUGUCAUCAGCGUUUAUGAUCCAAUUCACAGCGUUUCAGGGAACAGCUAAUUUGCAAUCUUCAAUUAAUGCCAAAGAUGGUUUAGGAACAGUAUCUUUAAGUGCAAUCUAUGCAGCUAUUGUGGUGUCUUGUAUUUUUAUCCCAACACUUGUGAUUCGACGGCUAACGGUAAAAUGGACCUUAUGUUGCAGCAUGUUGUGCUAUGCCCCCUACAUUGGAGCCCAAUUCUACCCGAAAUUCUACACCUUGGUGCCAGCCGGUAUUUUGCUCGGUUUGGGUGCAGCUCCUAUGUGGGCAUCAAAGGCCACUUAUUUAACCCAGUGCGGUCAAGUUUAUGCUAAGAUUACCGAUCAAGCAGUUGAUGCGAUCAUUGUACGGUUCUUCGGAUUCUUCUUCUUGGCCUGGCAAACCGCUGAAUUGUGGGGAAAUUUGAUCAGUAGCUUGGUGUUGUCAAGCGGAGCUCAUGGUGGUGGCAGCGGUGGAAAUCACACAUUCAGUGAAGCCGCUUUGGCUCAAUGUGGUGCCAAUUUCUGUGUUGUUGCUUCAGCCGAAAAUGCUAACCUCGAACGCCCACCCGAUUCAGAAAUCUUCGAAAUCUCAACCAUCUAUCUUACAUGUAUCGUCGCUGCCGUUAUCGUCAUUGCAUUGCUUUUGGAUCCAUUGUCACGAUAUGGUGAAAAACGUAAGGGAUCCGAAUCAGCUAAAGAAUUGUCCGGAGUCGCCUUGUUGUCGGCCACAAUGAACCAGUGCAAGAAAGCUAACCAACAACUCUUGGUCCCAAUUACCGUCUGGAUUGGUAUGGAACAAGCAUUCAUUGGAGCUGAUUUCACGCAAGCAUACGUAUCGUGCGCUUUGGGUAUCCACAGCAUUGGUUAUGUUAUGAUCUGUUUCGGUGUUGUUAAUGCUAUUUGCUCAAUCAUCUUUGGUUCAAUCAUGAAGUACAUCGGCCGAAUUCCAAUUCUUGCUCUUGGCACAAUUGUACAUGGAGCUGUUGUAAUUUACAUGCUUUUCUGGCGUCCACAUCCAGAGAACCCAUUAGUCUUCUUCACUAUUGCUGGAUUGUGGGGCGUUGGUGAUGCCGUAUGGCAAACACAAAUUAACGGUCUCUAUGGAUUGUUGUUCAGACGUAACAAGGAAGCUGCCUUCUCAAACUAUCGAUUGUGGGAAUCAGCUGGUUUCGUCAUUGCAUAUGCCUAUUCGACCACAUUGUGUGCGCGCAUGAAGCUAUACGUUUUGUUUGGCAAUUUAGUCUUAGGUGUUAUUGGUUACAUUAUUGUUGAAGUCCGCCACAGACGAAAGGAACGUAGACUUAAGAAACAAGAGCAAAAGGAGAAGGCAGCCCGCGAAGCUGAAGCAGCUAGACAAGCAGACAUCGAAGAGACCGAUGACGAAAAAGAUGAUCUGGAAGAAGAUAUUGAAGUUACACAUUUCUAGAGUAGUUGCAGUCAAUUUUAGUUGCAGCGUAGUUUGUUUAGUAGCAUAUAUGAAUUAAACAAGAAAAAAGCAAUCAACAAAUUAAUUUCAAGUAAACUAGUUUUAUGUUGAACGUUGAACAACAAAAGAUACAGAUAUCUAUUGAAUAUACAAGUAUAUAGAUUUUGUGAAUGCAAAAUGCCGGAAACGGUGAAAUCCGAACGAUUUCGAACAAAUCGAUGAAGACGGAAGGAUAGAUAGAAGAAGACGACGGAAAUGAGGUAGUUAGUGCGCAGAAGUAGCGACGUGAAUUGUGUAUAAAAGUAGUAUAGUGCAUUCCUAUGCAUAAUUCUAUGCAAUACUAAGUAUAUUUUAAAUGCAAACUAUACAUUUAAUUGAACCUAGAUUGUAAACAACAAAAAAACAUGUGAGAGUAUAGAUUUUAUGUUCAACAAAACAUAUGAAACAAAAUCAUCAUAAACAAAAUUCGAACGAGUUUAUUUUAAACAAUUUAGGAUAGAAAAACAAUAAAUUAUUCCAUAAAUACCAAUGAA